AUUAGUUUUUAGGGGCCAACCUCAGAAAAUGUCCACCUGCUUUCCUGUGCUCCUUGCUAACUUGUGCUUCACCAUGGCAGUUGAGAGGAAGGACCACAUGGAAGUAGUAAAACACCUUAAAAAAGAGCAGGAGCUGAAGGAUGCUGGGCGGGAGGAGAACUGCCUGAGACUGCAGCAUGCCAGCGUGUGCCCCCGGGCACUGCAGCACGGCCAGGUACAUCCAGACUAUGAGCACCUCCCAGAAGCCCUGCUCAGCCUGAGCCAAGGACAAGAUUUGGCUCUGAGGGGGAAACACCAGCUCCAAGCCAAGCUGGAGAACUUAGAGCAGGUCCUAAAGCACAUGCGAGAGGCUGCGGAGCGGCGGCAACAGCUGGAGCUGGAGCAUGAGCAAGCGCUGGCUGUCCUCAACGCCAAACAGCAGGAGAUCGAGCUGCUGCAGAAGGCUCAGGUUGAAGCCAAGAAGGAACAUGAAGGAGCAGUUCAGUUGCUAGAGAACACCCUGGACAGCAUGCAGAUGGACAAUGAUCAGAACUCCAAUACCUCAAAGCAGAGAUAUUCUGGGAAAGUCCAUCUUUGCAUUGCCCGCUACAGCUACAACCCCUUCGAUGGACCCAACGAGAACCCAGAGGCGGAGCUCCCUCUCACGGCAGGAAAGUACCUCUACGUGUACGGGGACAUGGACGAGGAUGGCUUCUACGAAGGAGAGCUGCUGGAUGGACAGAGAGGACUGGUCCCCUCGAACUUUGUGGAUUUUGUUCAGGACAACGAGGCGCGGCUGUCGAGCGUCGAGGACCAGAACGUGCUGAACCGGGCGGGGGCCGCCCUGGAGGGAGAGCUGGAGCUCAGCCCCCCGGGCCAGCCGGAGCCCGGCAGCGUGCUCAGCAACGGCGCGGGCACCCUGGACCUCAACAUCGACGAGAUCGGAGAAGACAUUGUGCCUUACCCCAGGAAAAUCACCCUCAUCAAGCAGCUGGCCAAAAGUGUCAUUGUGGGCUGGGAGCCGCCCCUGGUGCCGCCCGGCUGGGGAACCGUCAGCAGCUACAACGUGCUGGUGGACAAGGAGGUCAGGAUGAACAUCGCCCUGGGCAGCAGGACCAAAGCCCUGAUAGAGAAGCUCAACACCUCCACCUGCACCUACAGGAUCUCCAUCCAGAGCAUCACCAGCAAGGGCAGCUCCGACGAGCUGCAGUGCACCUUGCUGGUGGGCAAGGACGUCAUCGUGGCCCCCUCCAACCUGCGCGUGGACAACAUCACCCAGAUCUCUGCCGAGCUCUCCUGGCUCCCCACUAACAGCAACUACAGCCACGUCAUCUUCCUGAACGAGGAGGAGUUUGACAUUGUCAAGGCUGCUAGCUACAAGUACCAUUUUUUUAAUUUGAAGCCCAACAUGGCCUACAAGGUGAAGGUCAUGGCAAAGCCCCACCAGAUGCCCUGGCAGCUUCCCUUGGAGCAGCGAGAGAAGAAGGAAGCCUUUGUGGAAUUUUCUACGUUGCCAGCAGGUCCUCCAGCCCCCCCUCAGGAGGUGUCUGUGCGGGCGGGCAGCGCGCCAGGGACCCUCCAGGUGUGCUGGAAGCCCCCGGCUCUGUCGGCCACGGGCACGUCCCACGGGGCCAGCGUCACUGGCUACGGGGUCUAUGCCAAAGGGCAGCGGGUGGCCGAGGUGGCACUGCCAGCUGCGGAGGGCACGGCGCUGGAGCUGGCCCGGCUGCGCGCCCUGGACGCCCGCGAGCUCUCCGUGCGGACGCUCUCUGCCCAGGGCGAGUCCCUGGACUCUGCUCCCGCUGCCAUCCCCCCCGACCUCCUGGUGCCUCCGUCCCCCCACCCCAGGACCGCUCCCAAAUCGAAGCCAUUAGCAAGUGCCGGAGCCCCAGAAACCAAAGAAGAACAUUUCGGCCCGCAUUUCCGACGGGAUGAGUCCUGGGAGCAGACUCGCUCGCUGUCCCCCGUGCACGGACACAUGCUGGAGCCACCCACCUUCCACGGCCACCUCCAGGGCAGGAGGUCUCCGUCCCCCAACAGAAUCCUGCCCCAGCCCCAAGGCGCUCCGGUCCCCAACACCGUCGCCAAAGCCAUGGCAAGAGAAGCUGCACAGAGGGUGGCAGAGAGCCACAGGAUGGAGAGGAGGAGCGUUUUCAGCGAGAGGAGCAGCGCAGCCCCGUACUCGGACGAGGAGGAAGAGGAGGAUGGCUACGACUCCCCCAGGGUGAAGCGCAGGGGAGCCUCGGUGGAUGAGUUCCUGAAGGAGUCAGAGCUUGGCAAGCAGGCUCACUACUGCCUGGGGGACGAGUACCACACCGAGAGCAGCCGGGGCUCGGACCUGUCCGACAUCCUGGAGGAGGAUGAGGAGGAGCUCUACUCCGAGAUGCAGCUGGAGGAGGGCGGCCGGCGGCGCCUGAGCCUCGGCUCGCACGGCGCGCUCAAGGAGUACAAUAAGAAUAAGACCACUGAAGCCACUUUUGUGGAACAGCCUGGCUUUCCCCAGCAGACACGGCACAGUAAAAGGCUUUUCAGUAUUCCAGAAGUGGCUGAAGAGGACGGUGAAUACCCUGAAGUGCUGUACAAGCAGGGUUUAGGUAUGCCCUAUAGAAAGAACCCCAGAAUAGCUAGAGGCCCCAGAGCUCGCAGGCCCUGCUGCCACCAAGAGCAGCAGCCCAGGGCCAGGGCAGUGCCAGGGCUGCAGGAGCUGGAGGAGAGAGGAGGCAAAGGCAGCCAGGGCCUGUCCCGCAGCCCCGACAGCGGGCUGGACUGCGGCAGCGAGGAGGAGGAGCCCCGGCACAGUGCCAGAGCCCAGUGGGGCAGCGAUGAAGAGCAGCCCUGGCUGGGUGGCAGACACAGGAGGGGCAGCGAUGAAGAGGAGUCCCGGCACAGUUUUAGACACAGGAGUGGCAGUGAGGAAGAGCAGUCCUGGUUUGGUGGCAGACCCCAAAGGAGCAGCGAUGAAGAGCGGUCCCAGCGCAGUUUUAGACCCCAGUGGGGCAGUGAGGAAGAGGAGCCCCGGCACGCUGUCAGACCCCAGUGGGGCAGUGAGGAAGAGGAGCCCCGGCAUGCUGUCAGAGCCCAGUGGGGCAGUGAGGAAGAGGAGCCCCGGCACGCUGUCAGAGCCCAGUGGGGCAGCGAUGAAGAGCGGUCCUGGCGUGGUGUCAGAGCCCAAAGGGGCAGCGAUGAAGAGCGGCCCCGGCCCAGUUUCAGACCCCAGUGGAGCGGUGAUGAAGAGCGGUCCAGGUUCACUGCCAGAGCCCAAAGGGGCAGUGAGGAAGAGGAGUCCCGGCCCAGUUUCAGACCCCAGCGGGGCAGUGAGGAAGAGCCCCUCGGGUUCGCUGCCAGAGCCCAAAGGGGCAGUGAGGAAGAGGAGUCCCAGCCCAGUUUCAGACCCCAGUGGAGCAGUGAUGAAGAGCGGUCCCAGCCCAGUUUCAGACACAGGGGUGGCAGUGAGGAAGAGGAGCCCAGGCCCAGUUUCAGACCCCAAAGGGGCAGUGAUGAAGAGCAGUCCAGGCUGGCUGCCAGAGCCGCCCUGGAGCCCCAGCCCUGUCCGUGCCGGCGGGGCCCGCGGCCGCUGCUGGCCCGCAGGAGGACGCUGACCCGGCAGAGCAGCAUCGAGGAGGAUCUCGGGGAGCUCGGGGAGCUCGGGGAGCCCGGGGAGGAGCUGCCCGGGGCUCGGCGGGGCCGCAGAGCCCAGCGGGGCUGGAAGAGCCCCCCCAGAGCAGCCGAGCCUGGGGCUGGCCUUGCUCAGCCAUCCCUCAGAGAUGCACAAGACUCUCUGCUUUUAGGUAACCCAGCCUCGGCAGGACGGCCCGACAGGGUGGAGCAGGCGGGGAGAAGGUCCUCCCAUGGCAGUGCAGUGGCACACAGGUCUCGGCCCCUGCUGGUCCCCUCCAUUGAUGGCUACGGUGGCCAUGACCGUCUUUCCCCAGACAUUUAUGAGGAGUCUGAGACAGACCCUGGCACAGAAGACCUUUCCACUCGAAUAUUUGUUGCACUUUUUGACUACGACCCACUGACCAUGUCCCCCAACCCCGAUGCUGCAGAGGAGGAGCUGCCCUUUAAGGAGGGACAGAUCAUUAAGGUUUAUGGGGACAAGGAUGCUGAUGGGUUUUACCGUGGGGAGACCUGUGCAAGAGUUGGCCUCAUCCCCUGCAACAUGGUCUCUGAGAUACAGGCAGAUGAUGAAGAGAUGAUGGAUCAGCUCCUUAAACAAGGUUUCCUUCCCUUGAACACUCCAAUUGAGAAAAUAGAGCGUGGGGGCCGGCGCGGGGGCCGGCAGCAGCCGCUGACCACCCGGAGGAUGGUGGCCCUCUACGACUACGACCCCAGGGAGAGCUCCCCCAACGUGGAUGUGGAGGCCGAGCUGACCUUCUGCACUGGGGACAUCAUCACUGUCUUCGGUGAGAUCGAUGAAGAUGGAUUUUACUAUGGGGAGCUCAAUGGACAGAAGGGGCUGGUUCCUUCCAACUUCCUCGAAGAAGUGCCUGACGAUGUGGAAGUGUUUCUCUCCGAGGCGCCCUCGCGCUACGCGCACGACACGCCCACGCGAGCCAAGGCUAAAAGGGUUCCUCCUGAGAAUACAGGUACCUCCCGGAGAGCACCUUCCCCCACAGUUCAUCUCCAUUCCGGGUCACCUCCGUCACCUGUGAUGGGCUCUGGUAGUCCCGGGAGAGGCAGGGAUAUGGCCUCGAAAAAGAAAAAGGGGCUGCUUUCCAAAGGCAAGAAACUGCUGAAAAAGCUUGGUGCAGUGAAAUGAGUCAUGUGCUCCUGGACAACUUGUAAAGCUUCCAGUCUGUGUACUUUUUUUUUUUUUUUAAGUCAAAACUAGGGCUUUCAUGACUAUGCAGUACUUUACCAGACCGAUGCAUUUUUAACUCUGACAUCAAUAGAGUCAUUCCAAUUGCUUAAUCAAAACAGCAAGGAAAAAAGGGAAAUAGAUUUGCUGUUGCAAAAACGUUUUUUAAAAAGUUAAAAAAAAAAAAAAAAGUUAUGGGAUUGAGACCAGAAGAACAUGGUUUUAUUUGAAGUCAUCUCAACACCUGCAACUCCAUUGGAAAAAUCUCAGCCUUUAGUCUCCUUUAGCCAUGAGUGGGGGGAGAAAACUCUUCAGAGAGAUCACCCCAGUGGAUCCAAUCAUUAACAAAAAUGGUCUUGAAACUCCUAGUUGAAUCAGCCUUGAUGUUUUGCCUUAUUAAUGCACAAUGAUUUGUACUGUCGAAUAAAUAUGCAGCGUAUACUUUGUAUGUACUGUGUAUGCAGCUGUGUCCAUCCUCCCUCCACCAGUGGUUCCAGGGGAUCACUGUUACUGCCCCCAGCCCUGUCUGACGGACUCCUGGGAGUGUGGAAGUGCUGUGCUAAACCCUUCUCAGUGUUUGCUGCCCCAGAAAAAACCCAACCCUGGUUUGCCGUGCUCCCUCCAGGGGAGGCAGGCAGUGUAAGUCACUCAGAACCUCACCCCGUUUCACCCCUCCAGUUCUGGGGCUCCUGGCUCCCUGUUCUGAGCUACUGGGAAAAAACAACUGCACACCCAAACCCCUUUAGCCCCCCAGUUUCUUUUCUGUGGAGGUUCAGUCCUAGGUUAAAAGGCAUUUUCAUUCUGCUGCUGUCAGAUUGAGGCUAAAGUCCAUCUGCAGUGGAAGGACAAUGUGUUACAGCCACAGCCCCACGAGGCUGCACCAGGCUCCAACCAAACCCAACUGCAACAUUGGCAUCUCACAAAAACCAACCCCACACCCUGAUGGCAGUCAUUGGCUGUUACUAUUUUGUAAUUCUUGUCCAUUUGUAAAUUGUUUUUACUGUUUAUACAUACUUUUCAGACUGCCUUUCUUUUUGUAAUUUACGGAAGGUUUAUAAAUGAAUGAUCAAAGCUUCCCCAUUGUGUCUUCAGAUAACAAUGUAAAUUACUGUAAAAUACUGUGUGCUAGAUGAUAACAUUUAAUUAAAGAAAAUAACUGGCCUACAUUUGUGGUAAAGUACUGUGUGGGUGUGUGCAUGUGUACAGUCGUUGUGUAUUAUAUUUUAUAUAAAUAAAUAAUUUGAUAUUUUGUA